AUGAAAGAUUAUCUUGUAUGGCUCGUGCAUAAUUAUUUCUAUGGCGAUGUUGCUGUUUUUUCUAUUUGUACAACAUUAGUUUCAUUAUCAUUUUGUAUUGCCACUUUUUCAUCUGAUAUGCCAUUACUGAAAUUAUUUGAUUUUCCAGUUUCUUUUGCCAAUAUUUUCGUUGUUGAAGUUAAUACAGAUGUUUCAUUUGGUUUUCUUAUUGAUACUUCUUCGUUAGUUGUCUCCGGUUUCUCUAAUGAAGAAUUAGUCUCAUCAAUAACCGAUGUUUUUGUUUUUUCAGAUGAUUGA